GCGGCUUGAAUCCAACGUCAGCUCAAGUUUGAUCAAUAACCCCAUCCCGGCCCAAUUGGAGGAGCCUCUCUGACGGGGAGGGGGGCGAUCGUUGGCUCGUCUCUACCCACCCUCUUUGGGGGGAGUCCCCGCUUUUUGGGGGGGGGGGGUCUGCGCGUGUGGCUAGAGCCAGGGGAGCAGCCAGGCGCCCUUCCCGGUUGGGGUGAAGAGAAAGAAGGGAGCUUGCAACAUCCGCCGCCUCCUCACCAGCAUUAUUCUUAUUUAUCGCCUCUCCCGUUGCGCCCAUGCCUGUUCUGUCAGUUUCGUUUUAGGAACUGAAUUGCAGGGGCUGAAGAAAAUGGGGCAACCCGUGCCUCAGACUCUCCUGCUUUUGGUGGCGGGGCUUUUGGGGGAGUCUUUGGGAGGAUUCCCCAACACCAUCAGCAUAGGUGGACUUUUCAUGAGAAAUACUGUUCAGGAGCACAGUGCAUUUCGAUUUGCUGUGCAGUUAUACAACACAAACCAAAAUAUCACGGAAAAGCCCUUCCAUUUGAACUAUCAUGUAGAUCAUUUGGACUCCUCCAACAGUUUUUCAGUGACUAACGCUUUUUGUUCACAGUUUUCUAGAGGAGUUUAUGCCAUCUUUGGAUUCUAUGACCAGAUGUCCAUGAACACACUGACAUCAUUUUGUGGAGCUCUGCACACGUCCUUUGUCACACCCAGCUUCCCAACAGAUGCAGAUGUGCAGUUUGUCAUUCAGAUGCGGCCAGCGUUAAAAGGAGCCAUCCUGAGCCUUCUGACUCAUUACAAAUGGGAAAAGUUUGUAUACCUCUACGAUACAGAAAGAGGAUUUUCCAUUCUUCAGGCAAUUAUGGAAGCAGCAGUACAAAACAACUGGCAAGUGACAGCCAGGUCUGUGGGAAGUAUAAAGGACGUUCAGGAAUUUAGGAGAAUCAUAGAGGAAAUGGACAGACGACAGGAAAAAAGAUACUUAAUCGACUGUGAAGUAGAGAGAAUAAACACAAUUUUGGAACAGGUUGUAAUCCUUGGUAAACAUUCCAGAGGUUAUCACUACAUGCUAGCUAACCUGGGUUUUACAGAUAUUAUACUGGAGAGAGUAAUGCAUGGAGGCGCCAAUGUUACUGGAUUCCAGAUUGUCAACAGUGAAAACCCAAUGGUUCAACAGUUUCUACAACGCUGGAUUAGACUGGAUGAAAGGGAAUUCCCUGAAGCCAAGAACUCUCCAUUAAAGUAUACGUCUGCACUGACCCAUGAUGCAAUACUAGUCAUAGCAGAGGCUUUCCGCUACCUCCGAAGACAGCGUGUUGAUGUUUCCAGGAGAGGUAGUGCUGGAGACUGCCUAGCAAACCCUGCAGUGCCCUGGAGCCAAGGAAUCGAUAUAGAAAGAGCACUGAAAAUGGUACAAGUCCAAGGAAUGACUGGAAAUAUCCAGUUUGACACCUACGGACGCAGAACAAAUUACACAAUUGACGUGUAUGAAACGAAAGCCACUGGAUCACGGAAGGCUGGUUACUGGAAUGAAUAUGAAAGAUUUGUGCCAGCACUAGACCAGCAAGUGUCUAAUGACACUUCAUCUGUGGAGAAUAGAACAAUAGUAGUCACUACCAUCCUGGAAUCGCCAUAUGUAAUGUAUAAGAAAAACCAUGAACAACUAGAAGGGAAUGAGAGAUAUGAAGGAUAUUGUGUAGACUUAGCUUAUGAAAUAGCAAAACAUGUUGGAAUAAAAUACAAACUGUCAAUUGUUGGAGAUGGGAAAUACGGAGCUAGGGACCCCGAGUCUAAGAUAUGGAAUGGCAUGGUGGGUGAACUAGUCUAUGGGAGAGCAGACAUAGCUGUUGCUCCACUCACCAUAACGUUGGUACGAGAAGAAGUCAUAGACUUUUCAAAACCUUUUAUGAGUCUGGGCAUCUCCAUCAUGAUCAAGAAGCCUCAGAAAUCUAAACCUGGCGUAUUUUCCUUUCUGGAUCCUUUGGCUUAUGAAAUUUGGAUGUGUAUAGUGUUUGCUUACAUUGGAGUCAGCGUAGUUCUUUUCCUAGUCAGCAGAUUCAGUCCUUAUGAAUGGCAUUUGGAAGACAACAAUGAAGAACCGCGUGACCCCCAGAACCCUCCUGACCCUCCAAAUGAGUUUGGAAUAUUUAACAGCCUUUGGUUUUCCCUGGGUGCCUUUAUGCAGCAAGGAUGCGAUAUUUCUCCAAGAUCUCUCUCAGGACGAAUUGUCGGAGGAGUCUGGUGGUUCUUCACACUCAUCAUCAUCUCUUCUUACACUGCCAAUCUUGCUGCCUUCCUUACUGUGGAAAGGAUGGUCUCUCCCAUAGAAAGUGCAGAGGAUCUGGCGAAGCAAACUGAAAUAGCCUAUGGAACCUUGGAUUCAGGCUCAACCAAAGAAUUUUUUAGAAGAUCAAAAAUAGCGGUCUAUGAGAAAAUGUGGUCGUAUAUGAAGUCAGCAGAGCCAUCCGUAUUUACCAAAACAACAGCUGACGGGGUCGCUAGAGUGCGGAAGUCAAAGGGAAAGUUUGCCUUCCUCCUUGAAUCGACCAUGAACGAGUAUAUCGAGCAGCGAAAGCCGUGUGACACAAUGAAAGUUGGUGGGAACCUGGAUUCCAAAGGCUAUGGUGUAGCAACUCCGAAAGGCUCAGCAUUAAGAAAUGCUGUUAACCUGGCAGUAUUAAAACUGAAUGAGCAAGGCCUCUUGGACAAAUUGAAAAACAAAUGGUGGUACGACAAAGGAGAGUGCGGCAGCGGGGGAGGUGACUCCAAGGACAAGACAAGUGCUCUGAGCCUGAGCAACGUCGCUGGGGUUUUCUAUAUCCUCGUUGGAGGCCUCGGGCUCGCCAUGAUGGUGGCGUUGAUAGAAUUCUGCUACAAGUCCCGCGCAGAGGCCAAACGCAUGAAACUCACAAAGAACACGCAAACCUUUAAACCUGCUCCUGCAACCAAUACCCAGAAUUAUGCUACCUACAGAGAAGGCUACAACGUGUAUGGAACAGAAAGUGUUAAAAUCUAAGGAUCCUCGCUUCUCACAGCAUGCAACCAGAGGAGCAGCUGAGAAUGUGGAUACUCCAUGGACCCUGACCACCUGAGCCAGUUUUACUUUCUCCUAGGUGUCAGGCAUGACACACACUGAUGUUGGUGCAAUGAACUUUUAAUAGGAAAAACUGAUUUUUUUUCCUUCAGUGCCUUAUUGAAGACUCUGAGACUCAACAAUGCAAAACCAUCACUGAAAUAUUCUUGCUUUGCUUGAAAAUUUAAAAAAAAAACGAACUGGUAAAAGAUACUAGUAUGUGAAAAAAAAUUCUUGUAAAAAAAAAAAUCAGUUCAACAAAAGCCAUUCUUUGAUACCACUGCACAGUAUAUGAACUUAUGUUCUAAAAUCCGCAAGAGUCAGUUUCAUCAUAUGCCCCCUACUUAACCAAGUUCUUAAACUAUUCCUGAUAUAAAGCCUCAGAAUUCCACUACUUAUGAACAGACUGGCCUGUCACUACUUCUGAGAACUGCUGUCAAGAUGCUCUCGUGGGGUUUUUUGUUUUGUUUUUUAAGCAGUGGUGUGAUUUUUUUUUCUAAUCACUUAAAGUCCUCCAACUCGUUUGAGGAAACGUGUAUAUCAAUAAAAGAUUAAUGUAAUACCACACACAAAAAAUGCUUUAAAAAGUUAGGGUCAAUAAUUAUUCAUCUGUAAAUCCAAAAGAAAAUGAUUUGUAGAAUUCUGUAUCUUGCUUCCAGAUCAGCAAAUGAAUUCUCUUGACAAGUUAACUAUAGUACAGGCAAAAAUAUACUUCUUUUUUCUAUCAUCAGGCGUACCUACAGGUGCUUUAUUAAAAUGGCAUUAGAUGGCUUUAGAAGAAGCCAUUCAUGAUUUAGGUUUCUUGCUGUGCAUUUGCAUUUUAAUUCAAUAUUUAGUAUCAUGCAAUGAGGCGAGAGAAGAGCAGGAGAAUAGUUUUCCCCACACAUGACUAAAACUACUUUUCUCAAAAACUAGCACUGAGAGAUGAUGCUUUUUGGCUAAUUCUCAUUUUAAAAAAAAGAAAUAAGGAAGCAGGAUAGUAUCUCGAAUUAGACUUGCAGUUCCAGACUAGGGUUACGCGAUCUCACAUUACUAUUGCUAGUACUGUUAUAUUAUAUCAGCUCCUGCCAAUUAUUGUUUCGUGGCUGUUCAUCAAAGGAAGCUUGUGUCCUUUCUUAGUUUGUAAAGGAUACAAUGCAUUCCAAAAUAUACUGCUAAAGAUAGAGGCUCAGUAUUAUUCACUUCCAACUGCUCAGAUAUGGGCAGUUUUUCAAACUUGACACUCUGCCAGAAAACGACUUACUUAACUGCAACUUUUUAAAACAAAACCUUUAAACAUAUUGUCAGUUACAAGAAAAAAAAAGUUAAAGGAAGUAUAUGCAUACUAAUUACCUCUAAUAUGACAAUAUGUAAUAUCUGUAGUUCAAUAGAGUUUUAUUUCAUUAGUAACAGACACUGAAAAAUCGAAGUGAUAAUGAAUAAUCAUUUUUAAAAAGAAGUUUGACCCAUAGGUCUCUUAGUUCACUGACAAUAUAUUUGAUCUUUUGUGAGAAUAAAAAAAAGAUAAUAUGGGAAAGUCUUGUUAAAGAAAAACAUAUGUCUGACAAUGUAAUAUACAAAAGUUAAAGCGCGUAAGAGAACAAUUCACUGUUCAAGUUUUUAACAAGGUAUUGAGCAAAAUGAAAAUGUUUUUUCUUCUCUCAUGAAACUGUGAUUUUCAACUUCUGAAUGCUAUAAUGUCCCGGCAAAGGGAACGCUAAGCUGUGCAGUUAUAAGUUGUAUUUAAAAAAACAAAAACAUUUUCUUAGAAGCUGUAUAAAAAAAAAUGUAUGUUUAUCAAAUCAAUUUUUAUGAGAGGAGGCUUCACACGGGUGAAGAGGUUUGGUAAACCGUUUGUUAUUUUUUAAACCUUGCAUGUAAAAAACAAACAAAAAAAAGUGUUGAUAGCUUACAAAUUCCUGUUACUAACUUCAAGCUCUGGAAGUUCAGCAGUAGUCACCUGAGGAUUUUUUUUUAUUAUUAUUAUUUAUUUGGUUUGGUCCUUUAUUUUAUUUAUUUUAUUUUAUUUUUAAAUUCAGUUCCUAUUUUUGUCAUUAAAACUGCACUUCAGUGAACAAAAAAAAAUUGCCAAGCAAAACUAAUGGCUGUAAAAGCAUAAAUUGCAUGUGUGGGUAUAAAUUACUGAGCCUCAUUUUAAUGAGGUGUUGUAC